ACAUAUUUUGAGGUUGAGAGGUUGUCUGGGUGGCAGGAUAAAUCUGGUUUUAGUCUCACUGGAAAUUCAUUCCUCGAAUUUUCAUAUUACACAUUAUAUAAAAUAUAUUAUUUAAACAAUCAUAUCAACACUUGGAUUAAGUGUUACUGAAAAAAGAAUUAUUUUAAUUGGUGAUUCGCUAUUCAGUAUUUGUUGGGUAUAAUAAUAAUAAUUAAAAAAAAAAAAAAAAACUAUUUAUUAUUCCAGAUGACAAACAUCAAACUUCAGGCUAAUGAUAACGAAAUUUUCGACGUUGAUGUUGAAAUAGCAAAAUGCUCCGUCACUAUCAAAACCAUGUUGGAGGAUCUGGGUAUGGAUGAGGAUGAUGAUGAGGUUGUACCUCUGCCGAACGUUAACUCGGCUAUUCUGAAAAAAGUCAUCCAGUGGGCGACUUACCACAAGGAUGACCCACCACCAGCUGAAGACGAUGAGAACAAAGAGAAGAGGACUGAUGACAUCAGCUCUUGGGAUGCAGAUUUUCUCAAAGUCGACCAGGGUACCCUGUUCGAGCUGAUUCUCGCUGCAAACUACCUUGACAUCAAAGGACUUUUGGAUGUUACUUGCAAAACUGUUGCUAAUAUGAUUAAAGGAAAGACUCCUGAGGAAAUUAGAAAGACUUUCAACAUUAAAAACGAUUUUUCAGCUGCUGAGGAGGAUCAGGUUCGCAAAGAAAACGAAUGGUGCGAGGAAAAGUAGAUAAUAUUAAUUCGAAUUUAAAAGUUAAUUUUUUCCAAGCGAACUUCAUCUUUCGUAAUUUUUAAUCGUUUUUUUUUUUUUCUUUUCUUUUUUUCGAUAAUAAUAUAUUUAUUUUCAUCACUAUGUUAACAAUUCAACAUUAGGAUUAAAAUAUGUUUGUACCUAUACACUUUGAUAGACAGCUGUAAGAGCCCUAAAGAAAUUACAAGUUAAGUAAUGUAUCAAUGUAUUGUGUAUUAUUGCGAAAAAAAAUUAUAAUAAAAUUAUUAUUCACCAUUGAUAUUAAUUUAACUGAAAUAAAUCAACUAGAAUCUAAA